GUAUCUCAAAUCUCAAACAAUCGACCUAUCCACACCCACACCCAUCAAUGAGUGAAUCCGACGACUUCAUCGAUUUUGUCCGUCCGAUCCCGCCUCCGCGCGUCAUCCGCAUCGACGCCGAGCCCAAACCGGUCCAGCUCGACCUCUCGCGCACGGCUCUGCUCGUCGUCGACAUGCAAAACGACUUCCUCCACCCCGAAGGCUGGUUCCCCGCCCGCGGCAGCUCAGCCGACCCGAUCCUGCACACAAUCCCGGUUGUCGAGAAACUGACCGCGCUCUGCCGCAAGAACGCCGUCAAAGUCGUGUGGGUAAACUGGGGCGUGCGCGCCGACGUCGCGAACCUCCCCGAAGGCGUCGUGCAGCGCGGUACCGCCUACGGCGCAAAGUCGCCGGGAUACGCGGAGCCGUCGACGACAGGAAAAGGCAACAUCCUCGUGCGCGACCAUUUCGGCUCAAACACCGUCGACGAGCUGACCGUCGCGCCCGAGGAUCUGACCGUGCACAAGCACCGCAUGAGCGGGUUCUGGGACAACGAGCUGGACUCUGUGCUGCGCAAGCUCGGUGUGACGACCGUGUUGCUUGCGGGCGUGAAUACAGACCGCUGCGUGUUUUCGACGUUGCAGGACGCGAGCUUUAUUGGGUAUGACUGUAUCAUGGUCGACGACGCCUGCGGGACGCCGUCGCCGGAUUACGUGGUCAAGGCGGUUAAGUUCUUGACGAAUCUGCUGUAUGGAGUGUGCACUACGUACGAUAACCUCGAAAAGGCCAUGGAUAAGUGAGGAUUGUAGAUGUUGAUUGAAGAAUAUGAAAAGAGAGGGAAUCAGGUGCAAAAGCAUGUCGUUUUGAGUGCGGCGGGAACCGUUCAGGGGAGCAGCAGCAGCAGAGAAACCGCCAGAAAACCCAUCUCCAUGAUAUAUUCAGUAUAAUAUCAUGAUAUAUGACAGUAGAUUAUAAAUAUCAUUGCAAUUGCUGUAAAUACUCUUCAAUACAGCUGUAAGUGGGUG